AUGCUUUUAACCAUCGUGAAUUUUGUGGAACCAGGUAAACCUGAGAAGGAGACCAAAUUUGCUCAGGACCCACCAUUGGUAAAAUCACUCCAAGACUGGACUAUAGUUGAGUCGUGGAAAGAUGAAAAGCUAAAAUCCACUACCUUUAACCAUGUCACGGAAAAUGAGGAGGUUCUCUUCGGCUACACCUCAAAGAAUAAGCGCGAAAUGACUCUUGCAUCGGAAGGGCUGGAUGAUUCUUUAGUGUACGUGAAACAACCAGGCCUACAGCGGUACGAGGAUAUGAUCGGUACCAAUCAUCUCCCCAAGGCUGUCCUUGAUGAGACACUCGUCAUGUAG